AUGUACAACAAACUUGCAACCAUGGAUAAUAAAAAAAUAAAUUAUGGAAAGAGUUAUCCAACACAAAAAUCUCCGUACAUGGGAUUUACUGAUGAAUCUGCUAUUAGAGAAAACCCCUGGGUCCACGAGUCCAUAAAACAAAAACAGCUAAAAAUUGCCGAACUAAUGCUUAACAAGAAAACAGACAAUGAGUUAAAAAAAAAUGUUAACUUCUCUACAACAGAAAAGGAAGAAGAGUCCAAAAUAAAGGAAGAUUUGGAUAAAAAAAAUCUAACCAGCAUAUCCAAUGCAUCGAUAGCCGAAGUCCUGAACAAAAAAUUAUUUGGGAAUAAUCAGUCCUGGAAAAAUAAGAAUGUUUCUUAUAGCCAUAAAAACAUAGAUGAAGAAAAAGUGUCUAUAUUAAGUAAAUAUAAAGAUUCAUAUGGGAAUAAAGAAAAUUCGAACACAGUUAAUAAACUAAAUGAAAGCAAUAAAACCGAUCUUAAUAAUUUUCUACUAACGAAAAGUACUGCAUAUUCCUCAAAAGAUAAAUUUUUUAUUCAAAAAAGGCUCAGUGACAUAACCAAGAAAGGGAAUUCUACAGACAGAAUAACCACCUUAAACUCUCAAAAAUCAAAUGAAAAAGAAUAUGUCAGCAAGAGGGGGAAGAGCUCAUUAAUGAAAGGGCUAAGCAGGAGUCCCACAAACGCGGAUGCUCUUGAUGAAAGUUGUCAAAAUUUUGGCGAUGAAAGUGAUUUUGAUCUUCCUGAAGAUAGUAACAACUGCCAAGUUGGAGACAUCGAAAACGUUAUUCAUAACUCCUACCUUGCAACUAACAGGGGAAACACGUUCAAAAGGGGUGAAUUAAAGAACAGCAAAAAUGGACCUCUUACUAAUAAGAACUCCCAUUCUUACGAAUUUUUUAAAAGCCCUCAUAACUCUAAAUCAUUACCGUGUGACAAGAAAAAAAGGAAAGACAAAAAUAGAAAAGUCAAUUUUUUUUUUAAUUUUUUAAACUUUAAAAAAAAGUGUAAUAAAAGAAAAAAUGACAAAAAAAAAAAAUGUAUUGCCAAGGAAGAGGAAGAAAAGAAUUACCCUAGUUCAGACAAAGAGAAUUCUUCAAGUUUUAAUACAAAUAAAAAAAACAUAAGAUCUUUUUUUUGUGUUAAAUGA